GCCAGUGGUGACCCGGUGCUUGCCAAGAAAGGUUCUGCCUUGCCAGUGGGGACUCUGAGGCAUACAACUACCAACUGUUACCAGCUGACUCAGAGAAGAAAAAGAUGAAUUUGCCCAUAGAGAAGGAAAAGGAGAAACACACUUUGUGACUUUCUAAAUGGAGAACGGGUAACACGAGCUGCUGUGACUUUAUUACGAGAGGUGGAAGGAGAGGAACAAUGUUGUAGAGGAGGAGUUGUGUGGACAGAACCGAGCAGCCCACCAUUCACAGAUCUAGCCCGGGUGCAGCCGCAUGCUGCAGACGUGACAGUCUGCAUUCCAGUCGCUCCUGUCGGACCCCGCUGAGGAGCCUCCUCAAGAUGCUAUCCGCUCCGGACAACCGUUAAACGGCGAAGGCGAGCCUGCAGCAUCCGACAAAGACGCACGCGUGUGUGUGCGUGUGUGUCUCUGUGUGUGUCUCUGUGUGUGUGGCUGGGUGGUGGGGGCUCCUGAGUGCGUGUUUGUGUCACCAUGAGUCUUGUCUCGGGCUUCCCUCACCACCCGGCCAUGCACCAUCACGACAGCCAUCACUAUUCCUUGCAUGCUGCGACUGCUAGUCGAUGUCACGAGGACUCCGGGGCUCCUCCUUACUUCACGAGCUGGCUGAUAAGCCACGCGGAUAUGUCUCCCACUGAGUACAGCCUUGCGCCCGGCUACAGUCCAGAGUACCAUGGCAACAACAGCGGCGGGUCCACUGGCGGCCUUGACCCCCACCAUCACCAUCACCACCACUAUGGGCCCGGCAGUUUGGUUCCGGGGGCCGGGACCAUUUCAGUUAACGGAGCUACGGUCGGUAUGCACCUCCACCACCACACACAUCCUCGGACUGUGAAGCGGAGACCUACGGCCAACCGCAAAGAGAGGCGGCGGACCCAGAGCAUUAACUCGGCCUUUGCGGAGCUGAGAGAGUGUAUUCCCAACGUCCCGGCAGACACCAAGCUGUCCAAGAUCAAGACACUGCGGCUGGCUACCAGCUACAUCUCGUACCUGAUGGACAUCCUGGACAAGGACGGACAGCACGGAGACACACAGGCUUUCAAGGCCGAGCUGAAAAAGUCGGAGGUUCGAGAGGAGCGGAGGAAGAGAGAGGCGGUGGAGAUCCCAAAGACAACUUCAUCGUCAUCAUCACCAUCAUCAUCGUCCUCGUCGUUGUUCUCCUCAUCAGCGGGCGAUAAGAAGAGUAAAGGACGCACAGGGUGGCCUCAACAUGUCUGGGCUCUGGAACUCAAACAGUAGCACUCUUGUUUCCACCAUCUCUGCCCUCAAAGAGUGUGACAGCAUCGACCCGAUCUGAGGAACUGUAAUGCAGCCAUUGUCGUCUCAGCUUCACACAGAACCGUAGACGCUGUACAAACUUGUAGCCUAAAGCUCCCUUUACUUUAUAUCGAUGAGUCUCCGAAGAUCACUGGCGUGCUUAUUGGGUAGAGAUCACUCCCCUACUUUCAUUAGCAGAGACCUCUUGUGCUGUGUAAAGGUUUAACUUUGAACCAUCAUUUCCUCGACAGAGAAAACUCCCAUGAAUCACACAUUCUUUGUUCUGUUUUUUUGACUGAAGAUUUUAAUAGAAAACAAUAACACAAACGGGUAAUUUACAUCUACACUUGAUGUGGAAAAUGUCAACCAUCCCUUUCUAGUAAUUCAAUAUGUUUGAUGUCAGUGGAAGACUAAUUGAAAAUACAAUAAAUGUCUGUGGGCUUGAGCUAAAGAGCAUAUGUGCAUUAGAGACAGAUCAGUGGGGUCGGUGGGGUUAAAAUAACAUACUAACUAUUAAUAAUGUGUAUAUUUGGCCUCAUAAAUCGAUAGGGUCUACUCUUACAAUCGUCGCGCCGCUGGUGCGUCUAACUUAACCAGUUUUGCGACAGAUAUUCUCGCUGUCAGCUUCUCGAAGAUCUCAUUAAAUAAUCUACAAUGGUGUGCGGCAAAGAAUUUUCCUCUGAGGCAAAACAGAAUGCGCUGGGGAUAGGCCAAACCAUCUCUCUCUCUCUCUCUCUCUCUCUCUCUCUCUCUCUCUCUCGCCAAACAGCCACACACACACACACACACACACUGGGUGUUGACGCGCUCUUUGAUGUACUUGAUUAUAUAUUUUUAUGUGCAAUUGGACCGAUGGCCACAACAGCCUCUGAGUGACAGCGGACAUUUACUGUUCCUCUUAUUGUACCACAAGGUAGGCUUAUGUGAAAUUCUCCUUCUGUGUUUCCUCUAAUAACUUUGAAUUGUAAAUGUGGUGACGUCACAGUAAUGCAAAAGUGUCCAUGUUGUGCUGUGGAAAAUGUGGUAGGACUCUUCUAGUGUGGGAUGUAAACAGUGUCAUAAAUUGAAUAAACCACCACCUGCUUAUAGUAA